AUGGCAUCGCGCUUAGCUGCUUGUGAAGCUUGUCGAAAGGCAAAGCUUGCUUGUGAUCACCAGCAGCCCGUCUGUUCGCGAUGUAAAAAUGGCAAGGGCGUGUGCAUCUACCGCACCACGCCAUUCAAGCGCAAGCGCAUCGAGAAACCGAGCAACUUGCCACCACCGGACCCAUCACCAUCUUUUACUCCUCGGCGUAAUCCCUACCCAAAUCCUGGGUACCUGGGGUCCUCUAGCCAUGCCGCCAUAUUUAAACACAUCACCACAGAUGGAGACCACAGCAUCAACACUCAGACCGGAAGCUCUGAAGCUCUGAAUCCAAAAUGGGUCGGCGACAACCAUUUGCUGCUCCAGGGAGCUGAUGUCCUCCGACACCUGCUAACAGCAUAUCCUCUCUCCGCCAUGAAAGAGCUUGUGAUGUUCUGGCUUGCCAAGGGAGCGAACCUUGCACUCGCAGAACCUUUCGUGGCUCAAUUCGCUGAAAGUGUGAGCCAGCUCUUCGCUGUGAAUGAUGAGAAUUGGCAUUUAACAUAUGCACGGCGUUUACUCCAUAACUCUGCGCAGCCACUCCAGUUCCAUCAAGCGAUGGACCUGUCCGAGUUCUCGAUGCAGUUCAUGGAUCAUAAUUGUCGCUGGGAAACAAUCGGCAUCUUCUUCGCGGCGGUUAGUCGUGCUACAAUUGAUAUUCCAUUCUUCCCACUGCUUUAUACAGCGGAGGAAGAUCAAUAUACGUUGAGGCGACUAACAACGAAGCUUUGUGAUUUCGCGCUGGAGAUUUCACUUUCACUGGACUGUCUCAAUGAUCUACAGUUAAUUGCUCAAUAUGAGAAUUUCAUCGUUCAUUCCUAUGUGGAUGGCGAUCAGAGUUAUCACUCCUGGCGGAAACUCGGCGAUGUUAUCUCCUCUACCUUCGCCAUGGGAUACCAUGAGAACCUCGAGGCUAAGCCUGGUAUCCCGCGGUUUCUCAUGGAACUACGCAAGUCCGCUUUUGCGCGCAUAUACUCCGCGGACAAGAACAUUGCUAUCUUUCUUGGUCGUCCCCCACGGAUGAACAAACGAUUCUGCCAUUUUCAAAUCCCCUCUUGCCAGACAAUUCCACGCACAGAUAGUCAUACGACUGCAGGUGCAACAACAACAACCGACAAUCGAAAUUAUAAUGGACAUAUUUGGGACCUCGAUUCAAAGCCUGGCUAUAGAGCCGACUCGCGCUGGUCUGCACUCUGCGCGUUCCUGAAAGAAGAGAUCUGGGAAUUAUUACAGGAUAAGCAAGAUGCAGAAUGUCUGCAAAGAGCCAGUACAAUCCAGCAAAAGGCCGAAGAACAAUGGCUCGCUCUCCCAGCUACCCUUCGCCUUAGUGGCAGUCUAAAACAUUGUUCCCGAACUCCGUUUGACAGGGACUUCCUAGCCCAUGCUCGUCUCCAGCAUCUACAUGUCCUCUUCUUACUCCGCCUCUUAUUACUGAAUACCAUGACCGAACCCGAUAUUCCCAUCAUCGAGACAGCGGGGCAGAUGCUCGCGCUUGUCGUGGAAUGUAUCCUUCUACGCGAUCAGUUGACUAACUCUGGAACUGGUCUUAUUUGGAAGGUCGCGUAUUACGGUCUCCCCGCGGCAGGAAUUAUUCUUCUUGCCCUUCUGAAACAACAUACGCACACGACACAGAAUAUAGCUCGCACAAAGAUUCUGCAAGAUCUAAGUGUUUUUGUGGCUGAGGUGCAGAUUGGUACCAUCGUUCGACCGGGUGAUCCGAAUUAUGCGUUGCUGUCUAAAGCUACGCAGACUAUUCAGCGGUUUUUGGACUCUUUUCACUCUGAUAGUGGGCAAGCUGCGACGGAUCCUAGAAGUCAUGAGGAGGGGACUGGGAAUGAUGAUUGGGCUGCUUUGUUAAGUCAGGAUUUGUGGGAUUUUGAGGCGAGCUUUUGGCAGUCUUUGGCAGAUCAUCCGGCUUUAUUGGCGGUUGAUCCGCCUUUACCUCGUGUUUGA